UCACUGGUAUUGAUCAGUCUUCCUUUGGUUUAAAUUACAUGACGUAGUAACCGAUUUACUUCCGCUAACCAAAUCGCAGGCUAUCAAGAUGGCGGACUGGUUGACUCUUGUGUCCGCUUUCAUAAUUGUGUUAUGUUUUCUUAUGUUGGGUCGGUUUAUAAUCAGACUAGGUGCCAUGGAAAGAGAGGCCAUGUUUGAUCAUUUUAAUCUUCCUCCAAGGGAAAUCCCUUCACAACAUAUGGUUGGUGUAAAGAAUCCAUUCCUAUUGAAACUGAAGACAGAUGAUCAGCUGACGAAUGGUUCCACGAUAAAAACAGGGCCAGUAGAGUUUCUUCUGAGUACAACUGUCCCAUGCUAUGUGACGUUUUACUGGGAAGUUAAGAAGACUGCUAUGGAUGCUGCUCUUUGUGAAGAGAACACACAGCAAAGAAGCAUGUUUGAUGAUACACAAGAUGACAGCAGUGAUUCUGAUUUAGAGGAUGUACCUAGUAUGCGUGUCAUUCCACUUGAACAUAUCCUGCAGGGUUCAUACAAGGACCGCAGUGCAUCAGAAUUCUAUGAGGCUGGGUCAGACAUGGAAAUCUUGGCUGUGCCUCCAUCAGAUCUGGAAUAUGAACCACCAAUGAAUGGUGCUGGCACCACAAGCAGCUUGAAAUAUGUGCUAGUGGUGACUGUAGAGAUGUCCAUGAGAGAUGAUGAACGUGGACCACAACAACUCUCUGACAUUGUUGCUCUUAUAACAGUGAUAAAUCUUUCGCAUUCUUCUGCUGGUAAACAUACCAGCAGCAUAGCAAUGCAGUGUGUACAAACCGCAGAGGGGAAAAUAUACAGCAUCAAGAAACUAUUUGUAGCAGAGAGUGAUGAUAUCACAGAAAUACAGACCUCGCCAUCUGGUCAAAGGACAUCAACCCAAGUAGCAUCAUCAUCAUCACUACCUGAAGAUGGCAAUUUAUCUGCCGCAUCAUCUGAACUGAGUAAUGCAGUGUGUAUUGUUUGCCGAGCACUGCCUGUGACCAGGGCCUUCCUACCAUGCAGGCAUGCAUGCAUAUGUGGACUCUGUUUCCAGAAGCUUAGUUAUUGCCCUAUGUGCCGAGGGCCCAUCCAAUCAUAUUUUAAGGUACAAGAUGAACCAUUUAUUGACGACGCCGAGUCUGAUGUCAGCACUGAACUUAAGAGAAUGUCAAUAGGUGAAAUUCUAAGAGGCGUAUUUUCUGCAAGCUGAUUAAUCUACAAAAUUACUCAACAUUAUGGUGUAUUUUCAAUACUGCAGUUCAUUAAUCUACUAGUUUCUUUAAUUUAUACCUGUUCCGAUAGUAGUUUAAAAAACAGGCAUUAAAUUAAUAAAUAUUGAAUAAAGGAGUAAAUAAAUAAACAAAUAAACAAACAGAUUUCUUGGUACAUUUCUUUUGAAUGACUGGAAAAAGUAAGGUAAAGUCUGCAUGGAGCUGCGGUCCAUACCACCCAAGCUUAUCCUGGUUUCUGUAAGCGACUGGCAGUAUUCCCCACCCCCAUCCCCUGAAUGGCAUACUGUUGUCUGUUGAAGGGUUACCAUUAAGUAUUACACAAAAUGUAAAUUUGUCAGUAUCCAUUUAUACACCUGAGUUGGGAGAGGUACUGUGAAAGUAAAGGGUCUAGCACUAGAACAGAACAAUGUCCCCGGCCAGUGGAUUGAACCUGGAUAAUUAGAUCCCGAGUUCAGCACACUACCCCUGAUCCACUGUGCCUCUCAGGCAAGGAAAAAAGAAGACUGGAUAUUAAUUAUUAUGAUAUCUCUCAGUUAGUACGCAUGCUGUGAUUGGUCAAUUUAGCAGGCCAUAUUCAACUGUACACCCCUCUAAAAUUUAAAGCUGUUUUUGUUGCUGAAAUGUUUCGUGCUUUAUCGCCAAGUGUUUUUAACUUUUAGAGCAAGUAAAAGUUUGAAACUUUCUUUUACUUCUGCAAUGUGUAUUAAAAGCUGCUAACAACAAUUGCUGAUUUAACAACGAUUUCAAAUUGACUCGUUUUGCUUUCGAGGUGCAUCAGAAAUUUGAAGCCACUCUGCGUGAAUAGAAAUCGUUCCCAAACCCAGCAGACACACAGUAGAGAUAUAAUAGACAUCUUACUAGCCUCGCAUUCUUAGCUUGUACUGUAAGUUACGGAUCCUUGUUUUUCCCCCUUUGAUUUAUGCCCCAUGUGCUUCGCGCUUGGGCCAUAAAUGGAUGGGGAAAAAACUUGGACCGCAACUUUUUUUUUUUAAACUCAGACCGUAACUUACAGUAUGGCCCUCAAGCUCAGUUUGUAAGAGGUAUUUAUGCACUCACUUGCAUUAAUUUAGGAUGUAACCCAGCAUGGAUAUGACAGAUAUUUGGGCAGAAACUACAAUAUUGUAUGAAAUUGCUUUUCAUACAAGUUGGUUUAUAUUGUAAUGCAACUGACAAAAGUUAACUGUGAAAAGGGUCGUAUUUCACCUUUUAUGGUUUAUGGGUUUUUUCUGGCAAAGGUAUUUCAAUCAGGUAAAUAUGUAUGAAACUUGACCAGAAUUUAAGGACUUGAGAAACACCAUCUUUUGGUCAUUCUGAUGCUCCAUUCAUGGUGACAAAAUUGCAUCCAAAAACUGUGCCUUUCAGUGGGUUAAGAGCAUUAUAUUUUUCCUGCGAGAAUUUAAUGUUCCCCUCCCCCCCCCAAAAAAGGCAUUCCAAAUCUAACAUUCCACCCCAAAGGCAGAUUUGUACUGUGUGCAUGCGCUUUCCGUUCGUGCUUAAGUGUACAGUUUCUUAUGGUAAGUCUCACCUUCUGAAGAAGGGCUAAGCCCGAAAUGUUUAGUAAACCAGCCACUAUUUUGGCACUUUUAAGAGCCUUCAGCCUCAUAGGUUUAGUUUAUCGUUUUAGUGUCACAUGUGUUUUUUUUGCUCGUUUCUAAUAUGAGCCAAGUAGUCCAUCAGGCAGGAGCAUAUCCAAGUUUCAGUGGCAUGAAGCAACUAAGAAUUUUUCUACUCCCCCACUCCCCC